AUGGCAAAAGCGUACACAGAGGCUGAGUUUGACAGUCUAAUGGAGAAGGUAGAAAAGGUAGAUAUUAGGGUGAAGGAAUACUUGGAGUUAGCUGGAUACGAAAAAUGGGCUAGGUUGUAUGCACCUGUCAACAGGGAAUGGACAAUGACGUCAAAUAUUGCCGAGUCAAUCAAUGCCGCACUUGUGUCAGCAAGGGAAUUGCCAAUAUACGACUUCCUCGAAGAAGUGGUGCCAUCGACUGAAUAUUUGCAUACAGUGAACGAUGAAGGAAGGCAUUACACAGUAUGCCUUUUAGAGAAAAAAUACAAUUGUGGGCGGUUCCAAGUCGACGAAUUACCGUGCCCACACGCUUGGGCUGUCCUGAAGAGCAAGUUUCUAAUGCCAGAAGAUUAUUGCUCUGAUUAUUACAAACCAAAGUCUGUUGUAAUGACAUAUGAGGUGCCCGUGUAUCCUUUGUCGGACCGGAAAGAAUGGAAUAUACCAGCACAUGUAGCAGAUGAAGUUGUUUUACCACCCAAAUGA